AUGCCUCUCUUCAACGUCACACUCAAAGAGAACGCCUCUCCAGAAGAGCUCAAGAAGGCGAAGGACAAAGCGACGGCCGAUGGCGGGGAGAUCAAGCACGAGUUCACCCUGAUCAAAGGUUUCACUGUUGAAUUCCCCGAAGACAAGGUCGGCGUCCUCCAGACCAACGACCACAUCCACGUCGAGCAGGACUCAGAGGUCAAGACACAAUAG